AUGGCCACAGUCCACACCCGAUGUGAACGCUACUGGCUUGACGGCACCAUUGGGGUUCCUGUACCUGUCUAUGGGCCACAGCGGCUCAGGAGCCAGAAGGUAGAGGACACACUCUUCCACCCUCAGGAGUUCCGCUCGGAUCCCCUGCAGCCUCUGAGAGCCAUGAGGCAGCCGCGGCCCCUCUGUUGCGGGCCCCUCUGGCUGCUCCUCACCUGCUGCAGUGCUCAGGUGCGAGGAGCCCACGGCAGGUCGCAGGACCAUCCAGGGUUUGCAGUCCUGGCUUCUGCUUCCCAUUACUGGCCGUUGGAAACUGUGGAUGGGAUUCAUGAACUUCAGGAUACAACUGGAGCGCUGCAAGCCCACAACCUCACUGUGCUCCCUCCCCACAAUUCCACCCUUGUGUUUGCCAAUGACUCUGCCUACUCCAAUCUCUCUGCGACCGUAGACAUUGUGGAGGGGAAGGUCAACAAAGGCAUUUACCUCAAGGAGGAGAGAGGCAUGACGCUGCUCUACUAUGGCAGGCUCCGGACCUCCUGCAUCAGCAGCCCUGCCCAGUGCGGCCCUGAGGGGGUCACAUUCUCCUUCUUCUGGAAGACGCAGGAAGAACAGUCCAGACCCAUCCCUUCUGCAUAUGGGGGACAGGUCAUCUCCAACGGGUUCAAGGUCUGCUCCACAGGAGGCAAAGGCUCUGUGGAACUGUACACGCGUGAGAAUUCCAUGACCUGGGAGGCCACCUUCAGCCCACCGGGUCCCUACUGGACUCACGUCCUCUUCACGUGGAAAUCCAAGGAGGGCCUCAAGGUCUACAUCAACGGGACACUGAACACCUCUGACCCAAGUGGGAAGGUGUCUCACGCCUAUGGAGAGCCCAGCGCCAACCUGGUGAUUGGGUCUGAGCAGGACCAGACCAAGCGCUACGAGAAUGGGGCCUUCGACGAGUUCAUCAUCUGGGAACGCGCCCUGACCCCAGAUGAGGUGGCAAUGUACUUCACAGCUGCCAUAGGAAAGCAUGUCUUGUCAACCUUGGCCCCAGGCUUCUCCAUGACACCCACAGCAGGCACCAUGACGCCCACUGAUGCCUACCAUCCCAUCAUAACCAACCUGACAGAGGAGAGGAAACACUUCCAAAGACCUGGAGUCGUGCUGAGUUACCUGCACAACGUGUCCCACAGCUUGCCCAGCAAGUCCCUCUCGGAGGACACAGCACUGAACCUCACGGAGACUUUCUUGAAUACCGUGGGCGAGCUGCUCCUACUACCCAGUUGGACCGACGUGUCGGAGGACAGCGUCCUGGCACUGGGCCUGAUCGACACCAUCGACACAGUCAUGGGCCAUGUGUCUUCCAACCUGCACCCCAGUGAGCCCCAGGUCUCCCUCGUGGGCUCUUCCUCCAUGGCAGACUUCUCCGUGGCAAAGGUCCUCCCCAGGAUGCUGGGUGCUCCUCACUACCGCUUCCCUGCCCAUGGGCAGAGCUAUAUCCAGAUUCCUCGAGAGGCCCUCUGCAGCCCAGCCUGGACCACUAUCGUGGGCCUUCUCUACCACUCCAUGCACUGCUACCUGAACAACAUCCAUCCGGCCAGUACAGAGAUUGCCGAGGCGGCCAACUGCAGGACCUGCUUGCUGUCCGCUGCCAGCUACCUGAUUUCCCUGGAGGUGUCCCCACCACCCAUGGUCUCCCAGAAUCUCUCAGGGUCUCCUCUCAUCACGGUUCACCUCAGGCACAGGCUGACUCAUAAGCAGCACAUUGAUGCCACCAAUGCCAGCAACCGCGUCUUCCUGUACUGUGCCUUCCUGAACUUCAGCUCCGGUGGAGGUGUCUGGUCAAGCCAGGGCUGCGCUCGCACGGAGGGGAACCUCAGCUACUCGGUUUGCCGCUGCACGCACCUCACCAACUUCGCCAUCCUCAUGCAGGUGGUUCCUCUGGAGCUUACACGCGGCCACCAGGUGGCGCUGUCGUCCAUCAGCUACGUCGGCUGCUCGCUGUCCGUGCUCUGCCUGGCCGCCACGCUGGUCACCUUCGCAGCUCUGUCCUCUGUCAGCACCAUUAGGAACCAGCGCUACCACAUCCAUGCCAACUUGUCCUUUGCUGUCCUGGUGGCCCAGGUCCUGCUGCUCAUCAGCUUCCACGCUGAGCCGGGCACGAUCCCCUGCCAGGUGCUGGCCAUGCUCCUGCACUACUUCUUCCUGAGUGCCUUCGCCUGGAUGCUGGUGGAAGGGCUGCACCUCUACAGCAUGGUGGUCAAGGUCUUCGGCUCGGAGGACAGCAAGCACCUCUACUACUAUGGGCUGGGCUGGGGGUCUCCGCUACUCAUCUGCAUCAUCACCAUAGCAUCUGCCUUGGAUAGUUACGGGACCAGUGACAACUGCUGGCUCUCCCUGGGGAGUGGCGCCAUCUGGGCCUUCGUGGCCCCUGCCCUGCUGGUCAUUGUGGUCAACAUCGGCAUCCUCGUGGCUGUGACCAGGGUCAUCUCCCAGAUCAGUGCCGACAGCUAUAAGAUACACGGGGACCCCAGUGCCUCCAAGUUGACUGCCAAAGCCGUGGCCGUGCUGCUGCCCAUCCUGGGCAUCUCAUGGGUGUUUGGUGUGCUUGCCGUCAACGACGGGGCCCUGGUCUUCCAGUACCUGUUUGCCAUACUCAACUCCCUGCAGGGCCUCUUCAUCUUCCUCUUCCACUGCCUGCUGAACUCAGAGGUGAGAGCCGCCUUCAAGCACAAAACCAAGGUCUGGUCCCUGGUGAGCAGCUCCGCCCGCAGUGCCAACACGAAGCCCCUUAGUUCAGACCUCAUGAAUGGGACCAGGCCUGGCACAGGCUCCACCAAGCUCAGCCCCUGGGAUAAGAGCAGCCACUCUGCCCCCCGUGUGGACCUGUCCACCGUGUGA